AUGCCGCCGACGACCUGCGAGGUCUGUAAGGACGCUCGAGCGGCGGUGAUAAGACCUAAAAACUCACAGAAGAUCUGCAAGCGAUGUUUUCUGGAGGUCUUCGAGAGCGAGAUCCACGAAACGAUCGUGAGCAACAAUCUAUUUUACCGCGGAGAACGAGUUGCCAUAGGCGCCUCUGGUGGGAAGGACUCGACGGUCCUGGCGUCGGUAUUAAAGACUCUGAACGAGCGCCAUGACUAUGGUCUGAAUCUGGUCUUGCUGUCCAUCGACGAAGGAAUCAAAGGCUAUCGAGAUGACAGCCUGGAAACCGUCAAGCGGAAUGCCUUGCAGUAUGAGAUGCCGUUGGAAAUCGUGGGAUAUGACCAACUAUAUGGAUGGACCAUGGACCAAGUGGUGGCGCAAGUCGGGAAGAAGGGCAACUGCACCUACUGUGGUGUUUUCCGCAGACAGGCGUUGGAUCGAGGCGCUGCGAAACUGGGGAUCAAACAUGUGGUGACUGGCCACAAUGCCGACGACGUUGCCGAAACCGUCAUGAUGAACCUUCUCCGUGGCGAUCUACCCCGGCUUGCAAGGGCGACGUCUAUUGUGACUUCUAGUGCGGCGAGCGCAAUCAAGCGAAGCAAACCUCUGAAAUACGCCUACGAGAAGGAAAUUGUGCUGUAUGCCCAUCACAAGAAGUUAGACUACUUCAGCACGGAGUGCAUCUACUCUCCCGAAGCCUUCCGAGGAAGUGCAAGGACGUUGAUCAAAGACUUGGAGAGGAUUCGGCCAAGCAGUAUUCUGGAUAUUGUCAAGAGCGGAGAGGACAUGGCAGCACUUGUCCCUCCAGAAGUAGGCGGGUCCGUAUCGUGCGCAGGCGAAGCCGAAGAGGAGGCGAACAGCUGCGGGAGCCGAAAUACUAAUGGCGACUCGAUGGACCUAGUGGAGAAACAAUUGGCACUUAAUGAAGCCGCCGCCGAACGAGAAACCGAGAUCAAAGUGCCAACCGCAACGGCUAAACCUCAGGUAACAGGACAUCCAGCCGCUGUGAGUAUCCAUGACAAGAAAUCGAACGGACGUCGAAAAGGAAAGAUAGUAAAACAAGUCAUGGGCCAGUGCGAGAGAUGCGGCUAUAUGUCCAGUCAAAAAGUAUGCAAGGCCUGUUCACUCCUCGAAGGUCUCAACAAAAGCCGUCCGCACACAUCAAUCGAAGUCGGAGUUGAGGACGAAGAAGCGAGCACGACUUUGAUGAGGGAGGUUGCUGGCAUCGCCAUCUCAGCUGGCUAA